CCUGCCGCGGCGGCCGGUAUGCCAGAGGGAGGCCCGUGGAUUUCUGGAAAUACAGGCAGUAACCUCCUCCAUCCCUCUGAGCGCUGAGGCUGUGAAUGUUUUGUUCAAGCAGAAGGACUGACAUUCCCUCUUGGCUGGUGGUGCUGGUUCUGAACUCACUGGUGCUCCCAGAUAGUGUGAAGUCAUGGCUAUUCUUUUUGCUGUUGUGGCAAGGGGCACAACCAUCCUUGCCAAGCAUGCCUGGUGUGGAGGAAACUUCCUGGAGGUGACAGAACAGAUCCUGGCAAAGAUACCUUCUGAAAACAACAAACUGACCUAUUCACAUGGGAAUUAUCUGUUUCACUACAUCUGCCAAGACAGGAUUAUAUACCUCUGCAUCACGGAUGACGACUUUGAACGUUCCAGAGCCUUCAAUUUCCUGAAUGAAAUCAAGAAGAGGUUUCAGACCACAUAUGGCUCAAGAGCACAGACAGCCCUUCCCUAUGCAAUGAACAGCGAGUUCUCGAGUGUCUUAGCUGCACAGCUGAAAUACCACUCGGAGAGCAAGGGCACUGACCAGGUAGCAGAGACACAAGCUCAAGUUGACGAACUUAAAGGAAUCAUGGUUCGAAACAUAGACCUCGUGGCACAGAGAGGAGAGAAGCUGGAGUUGCUGAUUGAUAAAACAGAGAAUCUUGUGGAUUCGUCAGUCACUUUCAAAACUACCAGCAGGAACCUUGCUAGAGCCAUGUGUAUGAAGAACCUCAAGCUUACCAUCAUCAUCAUCAUUGUAUCAAUUGUUAUCAUCUAUAUCAUCGUAUCGGCUGCGUGCGGUGGCCUUGCGUGGCCAAGCUGCGUGCAGAAGUAACCGGAGACAGCUGGUGCUGGUCAGUUGGAGAUGAGAGUCACGGCAGUGUGAAGAAGCAACCUACAGAAUAACUCUUAAUCUUUCACUACUGACACCUUCUCAUUCUUCAUCCCUCCAGGACUUGAGACUUUUUGCCUUAUCACCCCAAACAGGCCCAGCCGGUCGCUGCUUCAGUGCAGCUGCAACCUCAAGAAUGGGCUGUUUUAAAUUACUUGAAGGGAUUUUUUGUUUGUUUUCUGUCCCACCUACAACCUUCUCAGCCAGCUGGUACCGCCAGCUCUGGAGGGUACAAGCAUGCUUGUCCAUGUGUCCAUGCAGCUUUGCACUUUCAUGUGAGCGUGCAAGUGGAGAACAGCUCUGCUAGCAACUGUCCUACCCCUGAGGAUGACUCUGGAGUGUAGUUUGGGGUGGGCUGAGCCAAGCUAAUGGGAGAGACACAAGAGAGGUGUGUGUAUUUCCAUUUUCUGCAGACCAUGGAGAUCAGGUGCCCCUCCCUGCACGUCGGGCAUCUUGUAGUGGCUCAGCAUGGAGGGGUUGCAAGUGCAAUACUGGUAGUAACAAAAAGAAUGGCUUUGGGGCUGGGGCUUUAGGCACUGUAAGAUGUAGGUGCUGCUUCUGUAUGAAAUCUCCUUUUCCUGGUGGUAUUUCAGCAGUUGGUAGGAGGGUGAUAGGUCACCUCAGCAUUUCGAAAUGGCCUCCUCUUCACCAUCACUUCUUUUUCCUUCUUCCCCUUCAAUUUGUGGCAAAAACAAUACAGUAAAGGAGAUGGUUCUGUAUAGUUAAGGUUGCAAUAAUGCAUAUCCUUUGUCAUGUUAUUUCUCCUGUUCUUCUGAGAGUGACUAAAAUGAAUACUAACAAACGUUACCACUUGCUAAAGUGAAAAUGGGAGCCAGUCAAGGCUGAUGUAUUAAUCAGGCUUGAUAAGGUGUCAUAUAUUGGAUGCUUGUGCUCUGAAGGUUUGUGCUAAAAUGAGGACAGAGGAGGACAGAAGGUUGGAGUUAAAUGGAUGGUUACUUUCUCUAUGGCCUGAAGCAGAAAAGGUCUUUUAGAGGAUGCAGUAACAGCUACUCAUGUGCUGGGGGAAAAAAGAAACACAAAAAACAACCCCAAAACUCCAAGGCUUAUUACCAAAUGUAGGAUCUGGUACCCAGGUAACGUGCUGCUAUCAAGAGUGUCUAUAUAGGGACUGCUUUGCCUGGUGCUGGAAGCGGUGAUCACCGUGUCUCUGUCCCAUCAGGUCACCCUCGGGAAGGGGCUGCACAGCAAGCAUGUAGGGCAGCACACUGAGAUCUUGCACAAGUAUCAGAUGGUCUAAUAAGGAAUCUGCACUGCUUUGGCCUGGGGAAGUGACUUCUCAUGGUGAGUGAAAGCUGUGCAGGUACAGGAAACUGAGGCUCAGUUUGGUGACUAACCUGCAGCACUUGGUGCCAUGGGUUCCCUGAGCCCUGCAGCACAGGCUUGCCGGGCAGGGCAGUGACAUUCAGUGGCUGCUCCUUCACGUGCUUCUUCUUGUGUGUUAUGCUUUCCAGCUGGUGCCAGAUAAAGUUUUCCUAUAAACUUGCAUGGUCAUUUGGAUGUGACUUGGAGGCUAAAACUUCACUAACAGUAAUCAGACCUUGAUAUCCAGAGAGGGCCAGUGGUUCUGAUCAGCACUGUGGUCACUGGCCUGUUUGUACCCUGCAUUAAUCUGCUGUAAAGCAGAGAAAGACUUUGUCUUACCUGGAAGUGGAUGUGAGGGAGAGCCCUUCUCCUCCUCCUAUCUUUACAACCACCUACAGCUCAGUGUACAAUUGUGCAUGUUUUAGGGACUGUUGAUGUUACUGUGUUAAUUUCUAUGACUUGUUGUCUUAUGUACAAACACUUUUUAAUGAAGACUUCCUCUCCUUUUAAAGGAUGCACUGAGGUGUUAGUGUAAAAACAAGGUUCACCUGGUUUAAAUAAAGUAACUGUACAGAAAGCAGAUCCGCUUAGUGGUGUGGAAGGCCACCUGGCACUGGAUGUAGACUGGUGGUAGGAAAACUUGGAAACCAGUGUGCACCUGGGGCAUGGGUCUCCCUGUGCAAUGCUGCAGCUCCUGGCUUGGUGUCACCCUGUGUGGCUGCUUGAGAAAGCACACAGAGAAAGCCUGCUGUGACAUAGCUCCUGUGAAGGCUGCAUAUAAUCUCUCAGCUUUGAGAGGAUUUUGAGUUAGCUUUGAUGCAGAUGGUAGAGCCUGUCAUGACAUGACAGUGGCUUUAUUAAUGGUGAGGGAAAGAAUCUGCUUUUCCUUGGUUUUAGCUCAGAGUAUCUGUGAGUGCCUGGGACAGAGGGAUGCUGAAAGAUGCAUGGGAUGAGAUGCCUGCUUGCUCAGUGCACCUGGGGGGCUGAAGGGAACAUAAAAGGAAGCAAUAAGGCAGUGGUAAUAUUGUUUGGAAGCUAAAUUAAGAUUUGUGUGCAAACAGAGCAAUUUUCAGUGACUCGAGAUGAAAUCCUCCUGUCUUGAGCACAGCCUUUCUUUUCUCUAGUCUUAGUGGGGAAGAACCUACCUUCCUGGAAGAGUUCCCUGGGUGUUCUGAUUCCCCCGUGUGACUGAUUGACUGCAGCAGUUGCUAAGCUCACUGCCUUGCACUUCAGCCUCUCUGUUGAAAAAUAAAAGUUAAAUAGAGCUUGGUAGCCUUUCAUCUACCUCAGGAAUGUUAAAUAGGUGUUGUAGUGUUAGGUGUUGGACAUAGGCUCAUGCAUCUGUAUGAGGGAGUUAAAUUUCCUCUUCAACUUGCAGAAACUGUUCAAGUUCAGUUGAUUGUUAUCGUGGCUCGAGGUAAAGAAACAUUGCAUCCUAAUGGUGUCUGCUAGGGCUCAGAGACAACACAGAAUACCAAAAUCUGAAGGAAGAUCACCAGGUUUGAGAAUGGCUUAGGGAACGAAGGGGUUUAUCCUGAAUUAACAUCUCAUUAGUUCGGUAGCACUUAGAGAGCUGGGCUUUCUGUGUAGUGCUCCUGAUUUACGGACCAAAAGCAGAGGGCUGUCCUUCCUCAAGAGAGCCAUCCUCAAGUGAUCGUCAGCAUCAGGCUAAUAUUUAAAAUGCCCACGCAUUUGAGCAGAAGCUAAUCUCAGAACGAGGCCUCGCUUAACUUUCUUGCUUACUUCUGUAUCAGCCUCAGGUCUGUCUAGAAAUGUACAUACAAAACUGUCGCUGUAGACAUCUGUCUUGCAAUUCUCAUAGAAAAAAUAGCACAUGCCUGGUAAGCUUUAACUGGAAUAUAAUCUGGAAAUAUUUAAACGCUUCCACUUCUUCAGAAAGCUUUUGUUCUUUACUUUUCCUUAAGUAUCUGAGUGAAUAGUAGCGGCUGUCUCAACUUCAGAGGCUGCAGAGAAAUGGCCUGCAUGGAAAAUGCAGACACGUUCUUACCUUUGGAGUACAGACCAUAAUAAAACUGUCAAACAAUAGAGAA